CCGCCGCCUCCGCGCUCACGGCUCUUUUUUCAUCUUUUACUUUUGCAAAUGUACUUUUCAGCAAACGAGUACUUACACUCUGAACAAAGAGAGAGAGAUUAGCAAAGAGGUGUCCAACUUGGGAACGCUUCCAGACUGUAUCCUGCACUUGGUCGGGACCUCGGCUGCACCCGAACGUUAUCGUGUGCUUGUUUUGCCUUGCUAGUUGACAAUGCCAUCGAAAAUCACAAAGUGGCUCACUGCCUUCAAACCGUCAUCACCUGAAGCUGUCGAGGAACUUAUCAGUUGGAUGUAUACAAACGUCAAGUUACUUGAGGACAUCGAGGAAAUAUUGGACAAACUCUCCUCCUCGUUGAUCGGUGACAUUUGUCAGCGCUUGCUCGUGUUUUAUACCUCGAAAUCCCUACCCCUUCAGCGAUUCUCCAUUUUUCUCUUCCCCUGUCUCAUCCACGCUUAUUUAUCUCACUUCGCCGAAGAGGACACACCCUCUUCAGGAACCAGACGUGCUUCCACUGGCACAACUGAUGUCCAGCAGAACACCAUUUUACUGAACCUCGCUUCAGUUGAAUCUUGCUUGCUUGAGAUUGGCCGCCACUUUGCUACCAUUCAUCCUGAGUCCACCAAACCCGCUUGUCUGAGAUCCGACCCUAACUUUCGGGUACCAAGUCUAGCAGAACCAUCUGUGUUUCAUGACGCCGUUCCCACAGCUGAGUCAUACGUAGAUGACGCCGGUGUAUUUCCCCCGUCCUGUGUACCUGUACCCUCCAAUCGCAUUCCCGCAGUUGUCAUUUUGAUUCGCGAUUACCUAGAUUGCAUCUUAUCCAUUGAUUUGGUGGACGCAAGAUAUGGCCUGCUUGCUCUGCACUCCAUGACUCGUUUUUGCAAGCUUUGCGAUCGCAUUGUUAGUCUAUCCAAACGCCCUCGAAUCGCUGCAUCCACUUCACUUCUCAUCGAUCUGCUCUUCGGAUUGGAUGUGGUGCUUUACAAACUGGACGAUGUUGAUCAGCGUGCAGACAGCAUUCGCGAAACCACCUUGGUCAUUCGAGGCGCCGUGCUGGCUGCGGUGAAGGGAAUUGAGAAACGGUCAGUAUAUGACUGUGCCUCCGCAGCGUUACUCGUUUGUCGUGCUAUUUUGCACAGCCGUUCUGCUCAGUAUGGACCUCGUAUGGUUCCAGGCUUACAAGUCACCACCGUCUCGUCAUCCGCGGCUAAUGCACCUGAGGACUCCUCACAGAAGGCAGCAGACGAUGAGGAGGAAGAGUACAAAAACCCAGAAGUCACUCGUGCAGUUAGACCGCCUCCUUCCACAGGAGUGGAGGUGAUCACCAAUGCUUCAUUCCGGCCAGAAACCCUUCCCGAGGACAUUCCCAUAAAUGAGCAGCAUUCAGCUAGUUCACAGCAAAAUACAAGCGCAUCCGGCAAAUUAGGGAUGCGUGGCAAAGAGUCACUGGAUCGAAAACCGAACGCUACAGAUGGCCGAUAUCGUAAGGGGAACACCACCGUCAAAUUGGUCCCUAUCAAUCAAAAAGCACCAGCCACAGAAUGACAGUCAAUCCUUUUUCUCGAUUUGUCUUUCACACAUUGAUCAUGUACCCCAUCGGCGCUUUCCGGUGUCCAGAUUUCCUCGUUGGCGCUAUCUUGCUCUCUAUUGAAGACACCAUACCUAUGUAUGUAUUGUUCAUCAGUUUUAUCGAUUGCUGCCACUUCCGUUGCUCAAUUCGUUUUGAUUUCAUUCCAAUUUCACUGCGCUUUACUACAUAUGAGCGCUUAAAUGAAAUUUUCGAGGAAGCACCUUAUGCCUGGUAUGCGAUCCGUUUAGUUCAUUUUGCGUCCUGUUCUCCUCUUUUUAUCAUUGUACAUAAACGAACGCAGUGCAAUUGCUUUUCGCACUUUGUCUGUUUUUAAUACAGCCCAUUUCUUGCUCUGUGUGUAUGAUAUUUUACCUCAUGAGAUCGGCUUCACUGAGC